UAGAGUACAGACAGAAGAAGAAGCAGGAAGAGAGAGAUGCUGUACAGCUACAUUGUCUGUAAUACUUAAAAUACUUAAAAACUUAGCCGUAUCUUUCGGACUACAGGUUCAUUUCGUUAAGAAAUUUCUGAAUAAGUUCUUUGACGAAAUAGCGGUCCGUGGCAACAGACUACACGCUAACAGUUAAUUCAGUGUUGAUGACCAGCCAAAUGAACGGAGCAACAUUCCCCUCCCCUGCGGCAGAGAUCGCAGAAAUGAACCGUAUCCAUUAUGAGCUGGAGUACACGGAGGGAAUCAGCCAAAGGAUGCGCAUCCCAGAGAUGCUCAAAGUGGCUCCCACAGCCCACGAGGACCCUACUGUGGGUUCACAAGAGGUCCCACACAGUGUUAUAAUGCAAGUCCCAGAGAGAAUAGUGGUUGCUGGAGGCAGUGAUGACCCCCAGUUCCCCAGACCCAGAGACUUGGACCUCAUCCAGUCAACACCGCUAGAAGCACUGUCACUUAAAACUCCCCCUAGAGUCCUCACCCUCAAUGAGCGACCCUUGGACUUCCUGGAAGAUGAUCAGCGGGCAGCUCCAGACAGUGAGGAGGUGUUGCGGCCCCAGGGGCGUUUACGGCGGGAACGUUCGGCCAGUGAGAAUGCAACUAUGCGUCAUAAUGCUCAGAUGAUGCGCAACGAUUCCGCUGCGACCACUUCCCCCCCAGCCAUUGCUCACCCAUGCCCCCCUCUCACCGAGGCUGAAGAACACAACCUCUACAGCGCUAGUGGUGUCUUAUCUUUCAUCCAGUCCACUACACGUCGGGCCUACCGGCACGUCCUGGAGGUGUUGGAUGAGAACCCUCGCAGCAAACCAUCACUGCGAGGGGGGUCGGUUUUGAGCUCCAACCCCCUGCAUGAUUCCAGGCUUGCACUGUCGACAUAUGAAGCCUCUCUGGAUGGGACAGGUGAUGACAUGACUGUGGUCGACGCAACAACACUUCGACGUCAGCUCAUCAAGUUGAACCGGAGACUCCAACAUUUGGAAGAAGAGAACAAGGAGCGAGCAAAGCGAGAGAUGAUCCUGUACUCUGUCACCGUCGCCUUCUGGCUCAUCAACACUUGGGUGUGGUUGCGACGUUAGAGCCGGGCUGUAUUUCCGCCGUCGACAAGAGAGGCGAACACAUUAUUCUGUAUUCUGUGAAUUAGCUACUCACUGCACUUACCCCUGUGUGAGGAGAUGUUAGCAUGUGCAAGGCCUGUUGCACAUAGGCUCAACAUUUUUGAUUUUGUUUAUUUAAAACAUGUACAGUUUUAUUUUUGUACUCUUAUUUCAUUCUGUCUGUUCCAUUUUCUCGUGUUUUGUUUUUAUUGUCAAAUCUUGCUGCCCAAUGCUAAGUUGUAAAUAUUUGUACAUGUCAGUCGGAUCUCAUCCGGAGGCACAGUAGUUCACCAAAAAAAAAGAAAAAGGAUCUGUAGUGUGGGGACAUGCAGCUCCAUGGUGGUAACAUGCUGAAUACUUGUUCCAGAGAGAGUAAUAUGUGAGUUGGCUGGGAAAUCUAAUAAAGUUUAAUAAAACCAUA